UUCACCUGUUUGGUGCAGCCUCUUCACCUGGUUGUGCCAAUUUUGGUUUAAAGCAUCUAGCUACACAAGGACAGGGAAGAUUCUCUCCAAACACAGUGAAGUUCAUUCAAAGAAACUUUUAUGUAGAUGAUGGAUUUGUAAGUGUUGCAUCUGAAGCAGAAGCAAUAAAACUAGUCAAAGAAGCAAGAGAGCUGUGUAACACAGGUAAACUAAGAUUACACAAGUUUGUAUCAAACAGUGAGAAUGUGUUAAAGUCGCUGCCCAGAGAAGAGUGUGCUGACAGUAUUAAAGAUUUGGAUCUAGCACUUGGAGAGCCACUGAUGGAAAGAGCACUUGGUGUUCAGUGGUGCAUUUCCUCCGAUGAGUUUCAAUUCAGGAUAACAGUCAAAGAGCACCCAAUGACAAGAAGAGGGAUCCUGUGCACAGUAGCAUCAGUGUAUGAUCCACUGGGAUUUGUGGCACCCUUCAUCCUAAAAGGAAAACAAAUCCUGCAACAGUUAUGUCAAGAGAAAGUCGGAUGGGACGAGCCUCUUUCUGAUCAGCUCUACAGAGAGUGGGAAUCCUGGCUCCUAGAUCUUCAAAACUUGUCAAAGGUGAGAAUCCAAAGAUGCAUGCUACCUGAAAACACAGACAUCACUCAGUGUGAUUUACAUCAUUUUUCAGACGCUAGUAUGACAGGCUAUGGACAAUGUAGCUAUUUAAGAACAGUCACAUCCAAAGGGGAUGUUCAUUGUGCACUAGUCAUGGGGAAGGCACGUGUUACCCCAACCAAAGUCACUACUGUCCCUAGACUUGAGUUAACAGCUGCAGUAGUUGCAGCAAGAACAAGUGUAAUGCUAAAAAGUGAACUGGAGAUCAGCAAUCUUCAAGAACAUUUCUGGACAGAUUCCAAAGUGGUGUUGGGAUAUAUAAAUAAUGAUGCCAAAAGAUUUCAUGUGUUUGUGGCAAAUAGGAUUCAAAGGAUAAAGUCACUGACAGACCCACAACAGUGGCAUCAUGUACCAUCUGAGAAUAAUCCUGCAGACCACGCGUCAAGAGGACUAAGUGUUCAACAGCUACUCAAAUCUAACUGGUUUAAAGGACCAGAGUUUUUGUGGCAAAGUGAGCUACCCAUUGAAACUGACAAGGCUAUUGAAGUUAUUUCUAAUGACCCAGAGCUAAAAACAGUACAUGUGCUCAAAACGGAAGUACAAGAAAGGAGAACAAUACUUGAUCGUCUCAAUAAAUUUUCAGACUGGAGAAGAGCUGUUAAAGCUAUUGCUCGUCUAAGGAAAUUUGUGAGAGAUUUUAAAGGAGACACACAAAGCAAAGGUGAAAAAACAAGUAUAGAGGACAGACGAAAAGCAGAACUGUUCAUAAUAAAACUUGCACAAGAAAACACCUUCAGCAAAGAAAUCAAGGACUUAACACAAGGAAAGGAUAUCCAACUCAAGGAUAAAACACAUAGGCUGUAUAGCUUAAACCCAUUUGUUGAUGAGCAAGGAGUACUCAGGGUGGGAGGACGUUUAACAAGAGCAAGCCUGCACCCAUACAUCAAACAUCCUGCCAUUAUCCCCAAAUCAAGUCAUGUGUCAUCUUUACUGAUUAAACACUUCCAUGAAAAAGUGCAGCAUCAAGGAAGAGGAAUUACUGUCAACGAGCUGCGUUCCAAUGGACUGUGGAUCACAGGAUGCAGCAGUGCAGUUGCUUCACACAUCUACAAGUGCACAACCUGCAGAAAGUACAGGAGGCAUACCCAAGAUCAACAGAUGUCAGAUCUACCAGAGGACAGAAUGGAAACAACACCCCCAUUCUCUUACUGUGGUGUUGACUGUUUUGGACCUUUUUAUGUAAAAGAAGGCAGAAAGGAACUUAAAAAGUAUGGUCUUUUGUUUACAUGUAUGUGUUCCAGGGCAAUACAUGUUGAAAUGUUAGAUGACCUUACUACUGAUGCCUUUAUUAAUGCAUUGCGUUGUUUUAUUUCUAUUCGUGGACAUGUAAGACAAAUCAGGUGUGACCAAGGGACUAAUUUUGUUGGAGCUAAGGGAGAGUUUUUGAAUGCACUGAAGGACUGUGACAAAGAACAGUUGAAACAAUAUGGAUGCGAGUUUGUUCUGAACACCCCAUCCUCAAGCCACAUGGCAGGUGUUUGGGAAAGACUGAUUAGAACCAUUAGAAGCAUUUUAACUGCUAUUCUGGAUAAAACUUCUAAGAGACUUGAUAGUUCUUCCCUCAGAACAUUUCUGUAUGAGGUGAUGGCUAUUGUAAAUAGCAGGCCGUUAACAGUAGAAAACCUAAGUGAUCCAAGUUCAGAGCCUCUUACACCAAAUCAUAUUCUCAUGAUGAAGUCCAGUGUUAUUCUACCUCCUCCUGGUGAAUUUGUGAGUCACGACUUGUACCUGAGAAAGAGAUGGCGCCAAGUUCAGUUUUUAGCCAAUGAAUUCUGGACAAGGUGGAAGAAAGAAUAUCUUCUUAAUCUUCAACAGAGACAAAUCUGGCAAAGAAACAAAAGGAAUGCAAAGCUGAACGACAUUGUUAUUCUUCAAGAGGACAGUUCUCCAAGGAACAAGUGGAAACUGGCAAGAGUAACAGAGAUAUAUCCAAGUGCAGAUGGAAGGAUCAGGAAGGUGAAGCUGUUGCUAAGUGACUCGACCUUGGACAAGGAUGGAAAAAGGACUGUCAAGCCAGUGUAUCUUGAUAGACCAGUUCAUAAAACUGUGCUGUUACUGGAAGCAGAGUAAAUGUUAAAAUGUAAAUAUAUUCCAAUUGUAAUAUUAUAUGUUUUAAGUAAAAUCACCAUAGGUUAGUGAUUUGGUGGGAGUUUUACUGCCAUUAUUUUGAUUAACAUGUUUUAUUUGUAUUAUUUAUAUUUUUUGUUAUUACAACUUUUAUUUUGAAAGGUUAAAUUAGUGGAAUCCAGCAUGUUGCUAGGAAACCAAAGAAAAGCAAGACGCUGUCUGAAAGCGUAACUUUCACAAGUGGCUGUAAGGGUCAUUUAAGUUAAGAAUUUAUUGAAUUAUUUCAUUUCUACCUCGAAGGAAAGGGUCAGCCAGCGAGUUCGACGGUGGUGUUAUGUCAGUGAGACAAAAUGAAAUUGUAAGAAGAACAAGUUCAAAAAAUCGACAUUAAAGCUGACUUUGCACCAGCAGUUUAACGAACUCUUUGUCGCCGUUAAAAACAAGAAGAGGUGGAAGUGACACCUGCCCUUCAGGACUGGAGUUUGACGUCGCUGCAAUAGAGCAAUAAAAAGGUUAAAAAGAUCAUUGCAACCAGAUUAAAAUAUAUAAAAUUAAUCAUUAAUAGAAAUGUUAAGUUUUUAUUUCAUUUUAUUUAUGCUGACAACUUGGAAAAUGUUUGCAGAUAUAUGAAACAGAUGCUCAAAAUUUUAGUCUUUCUCACUUGAUAAUGAGUUUUGCUUAAAUUUAUUUUCUAAACAUUUUGCAAUAUUUUUCACAAUGGUCUGAUCUGAACAAUUUCUCCAAAUAAGAAUUAAAUCCUGUUGUGAAAAAGCUGCAAUAAACCCUUUGCAUUAAAAAAAGCAAGGUGAAAAGUCCAGAUCUGAACCUAAUUUUGAGUGAGCAGAAGAUUACAUAUACAUGGUGCAUAUUUAAAACAGAUUAUGUCUCAAAAAUCACAUCCAGACUGGACUGGACUGUUCUAGUGUAAAUAAUAAAAAGAAAAACCGUUAGGUGUUCAAAGUGUAGUAAGAACAAUACUGAACUGUUUUAAAAAAUAAAGCAUUGAAGCAUUAUUUUUUAAUGGCAAUAUCCUGGUCUUUUUGGAAGCGUAGUGUCAUGUCGGUGUUAGUAAAUGAGCCAGACACAGAGAUCACAUAGUGAGCAUGUUUUAGGUUCAAAUACAAUACACCUUGGUGACUUCCAAGACGAGGUAACCAUCCAAGGAAAGCUUUUCCUUCUGUAGACAGAAAAGCUUAUGCAAU